AUGAAGAUCCAGAAGGAUUCACAUGGCAAUAAGUGGGACAAGAUUGUCUGUGGAAAGGGAUCGGUCUGCUGCUGUUCGGUGAUUUUCAUUCCAAUCCUGCUCAUCUUCGCCGCCAUUAUUGCAGUUCUGCUAUUCGCGUUGACGUCGGUAUCAGGCGAAGCCUGCAUCUACGUCACACGGGAAACUGGUGUGAACAAGACUGACUUCGUGGUGGACGGAUUGUUGGCUCGGCGAUGGUCGUCACUUGUCGGUGGGUCGAUUGGAGGAGCCAACGACUUCCUCAACACCCCACCUCCCAAACACGUGCUCUACGCCCUCACCCACACCUGCCGUGGCAGCACAAAGCAGUCAUCCCGACGUGGCCUUCUGUCUGCUGUGGGAUAUACCAAUCUGGUGGAUGUCUCAAAAUUGGUUAAUAGCCCACAAGUGGUGGAUGGAAUUAAAGAAGGAAGGAAAACUGUCAGUAAUGAGAUAAGGAAACUUAAUAUUUCGUCAAAACUGCCGGAAGAAAGUGAAUUGGACAAAGCCAAAUCUGAACUCAAGAAGGCAAUUGAGGAUCUUAAUUUAACUGCACUCAUCAACUCGACGAAUUCGAAUCUGCUAAACACUACGCUAAUUGAAACACUUGUUACCAAACUGACGAAUUUUUCGAAGAACCAAAGUUCAUCAGAUAACUUUACAAAGGGAAUCGACGCCUUGAAAGAAGUAGUCGUCCAAAUGAAUAACCUUGAACCGGCGAUGAAUAGCACGCGCGGUCAUCUUCAGAAAGUCGACAAGGAGAAAAAUAAUAUUCUGUCACCUAUUGAGGGACUAGUAGAGGCUUUCAAAACAACCAUUCAGGCUGCCAACAAUGAAACUACACUGAUAGGUGAAGUUGAACAUCAAUAUGACAGGGUGACCACAGAACUGCUUGACUUCAUGGAGAAGGACGGUGGUGUGGCAUUCUCCAUGCUCACCCAAGAUCUCUUCCCCUGUGAGGAGGCCUACCGAGCAGUCAAUGUGGCACUGGCUGUGUCCUGUGGUGACGAGGGCGCCCUCAAUCGAUUUGUCGGUGUGGUCUACGUCCUGGCACUCACCGUCCUCUUCAUCUGCUUCUUCUACUUCUCCCUCUUCAACCUCGCCUUCAUGCAGGCCAUCCAGAUCCAUCGGCUGUCGUCCUCGGAACUCGAAGACACCAGUACCGACUUCGAGGAAGACGACGAAAGCGAAGACGAAGAUUCCACCUAA